UUCUCUUUUAUAUAACAGCAACCUACAACUUGCAAAAAAAAACUCACCUUUUCUUGAAUACAAAUACAAGUGCAUUACACAUCUCUUCUAUCAACUCAAUCUUGAAGAAUUAAGCAGCAAUCUUGAUCAAGAAAGUGUUUGGAAAUUUUGCGACUUUGUAUUUGAGGCUUAUUAGUUUUAAAGAGGUUUAUUUGGGAUAAUAUCCAAGAAUUAUUUCGAGGGAAAAAUGGAAAGUUUAGUGGCACAUCAAAAAGAUCUGAAUCUCAAAGCAACUGAGCUUAGAUUAGGUUUACCAGGGACAGAAGAUCAAGAAUCUGAACAAGACAUCUUGUCAAAUUCCAAGAAUAACAAAAGGGCUUUACCUCAAUCAGCUGAAGAUGCAGAAGAUUGUGAAUCAAAGUCUAGUUCUGAUGUCAAAACCCCACCUGUUUCCAAGGCACAAAUAGUGGGAUGGCCACCAGUGAGAUCUUACAGAAAGAACAAUAUCCAACCAAAGAAAACAGAAACUGAAUCUGGAAUGUAUGUCAAAGUUAGCAUGGAUGGAGCACCUUAUCUUAGAAAAAUUGAUCUGAAAAUGUACAAGUGUUAUCCUGAACUGCUAAAAGCUUUAGAAAACAUGUUCAAACUCACUAUUGGUGAAUACUCAGAAAGAGAAGGCUACAAAUGUUCUGAAUUUGCUCCUGCUUAUGAAGAUAAAGAUGGUGAUUUGAUGCUUGUUGGUGAUGUUCCUUGGGAAAUGUUUAUGUCUACUUGUAAGAGGCUGAGAAUAAUGAAAGGAUCAGAAGCAAGAGGCUUGGGUUGUGGAGUAUAACUAUAAUUGUUAAUUCCCAAAAUAGAAAGUUUGUACCUUUUCUAUGUCAGGAGUAGAAGAGAUGAUGAAAAUGAAGUUUUUGCUCUCUUGACACUAAAAAGAGAGUAUUUUUCAAGCUUGGGUUAUCGAGUUAGAUGAAUAUGAAUAUUGAAUUUUACAUUUUUAGGUUAUUAUUAUCUUGUAAUUGAAACAGUUUUUCUCUGGACUUGCAACUAGGAGAAGUGCAAACAAGAAAAAAACUUACAGUUUAUUUAUUUUUGUUGUUUCUUUUUGGAGUUAAAUGUUAUAUAUACAUAGCAGGAAAAACAAACCAUGGUGGUUUAAAGAUCCUGCAAAUUUUAUUUUAUUUUCUGUUUGGAAUUAUCCCAUCAAACAUACACAAAGUGACUAUGGUUUUCUUUUUUGUUGCUAAGAAAGCAAUUGUACAAAUUCAGUCAUAAUAUUUCUGGUUCACA